AUCGUUUCUUUUCCCUCCAUGUGCGAGCGCUACGUUUCUUCUUCAGUAACCGCAAUUACACGGUUCAAUGAAAAGUCGGUGAUAAACAAACGAAGUCUCUGCAAAACGCGAUCGAUUCUUCUGUCGAGAGAUGAAGCUCACUGCACUGAAUUCUACUGUUCGCCGCGCUCUGCUCAAUGGCCGGAACCAAAACGGUAACCGCCUCGGUUCAGCGGCGCUGAUGCCGUAUGCGGCGGCGGAAACGAGGCUCCUCUGCGCCGGAGGCGCGAACGGAUGGUUCUUCUACUGGAAGAGGACGAUGGUUUCGCCGGCGGAGGCGAAGCUGCCGGAGAAGGAGAAGGAGAAGGAGAAGGAGAAGGCCAAGGCCGAGAAGAGCGUGGUGGAGUCCAGUUAUUGGGGGAUUUCGAGGCCGAAGGUUGUGAGAGAGGACGGAACGGAGUGGCCUUGGAACUGCUUCAUGCCGUGGGAGAGUUAUCGUUCAAACGUGUCCAUAGAUCUUACUAAGCAUCAUGUGCCAAAGAAUGUUCUGGAUAAAGUUGCUUACAGGACAGUGAAGCUCCUGAGAAUUCCAACAGAUUUGUUUUUUAAGAGACGGUAUGGUUGCCGUGCAAUGAUGCUGGAAACAGUUGCAGCUGUCCCUGGCAUGGUAGGAGGGAUGCUGUUGCACCUCAGGUCACUCCGUAAGUUUCAGCAAAGUGGUGGUUGGAUCAAAGCAUUGCUGGAGGAAGCAGAGAAUGAGAGAAUGCACCUAAUGACUAUGGUGGAACUUGUGAAGCCUAAAUGGUACGAAAGACUGCUGGUUCUUGCUGUACAGGGAGUUUUCUUCAAUGCGUUUUUCGUGCUUUACAUACUCUCCCCGAAGGUAGCUCAUAGAAUAGUUGGGUAUCUUGAGGAGGAGGCUAUACAUUCUUACACUGAGUACUUGAAGGAUCUUGAAAGUGGUGCAAUUGAAAAUGUUCCUGCCCCUGCCAUUGCAAUAGACUAUUGGAGGCUUCCCAAGGAUGCCAGAUUGAAAGAUGUUAUAACAGUCAUUCGUGCUGAUGAGGCUCACCAUCGAGAUGUGAACCAUUUUGCUUCUGAUAUCCACUUUCAAGGUAAAGAACUACGGGAAGCACCGGCUCCUAUUGGUUAUCACUAGUCUUUAUUGCCACGGAUAUGAAAUUACCCCUUUGGUGUGAAAUUAGAAACCUAGAAGUACGAUUGUAUGCUUAGUACAGAAUUCCUUUAAUUCAAUCUUGCUGUUGGAUAUAACAGUUAUACUAUAUACCAAUGAUUCUAUAAUACAACCUCAUCUGAGAACCAUGUUUAAUGUGAUACGAUAACAAUUUAGUUAAGUACUUUUUCCGCAACCGGAAAGUUUGAGGACAAUGACAUAGAAUGAUGAAUUGCUGUUCAUUAUUAUAUUUGAUGAACUGCCAAGUAUGGAAUGGAAACAGUAAUUUAGGUAACUGAAUGAUUGAUAAGGUGUGAUUUGAAGUUCUGGAAUAAAACUCUGAUGCUGGCAAUGAUUUUACA